AUGGAAAAUCAUGGUAAGAAGUACAUAUUUACGGUAACCGUUGUGGACUUAUAGCGCAAUAUCAAUAUCCGGAUAGCUUCACCUUGAGCCUGUAAUUGCGACGAACCAUUGACUUUCCACAAUUCGAAACUGUAUUGCGCGGACAAAGAAAAGAGAUUAUAGACAAGAAAUUGUUCAGAAAGCAAAGAAAAGAUAUCUACCAAUAUGUCGGCCAAAUAUGCAUUCUCGCAGACCUUGAAGGAAGUCAGAUUUUUAUUUUGUCAGACCGGCGCUCAUAGUAAUGCUACUAGAUCAUUCCUCGCAAGAACAUACCCAACGAUGAAAAAGCACAACCCAAAUACACCAAUAAUGUUGAGAGAGGCGGCUGGUGCACAACCAAAGGUUUACGCAAGAUAUGAGUUUGGAAGAGAGGUCUGUGAGGAUUUGGCUGGACUAUCGGAUAAAGAAAUCGAGGACAAGGUUACAGGAUUAGUCCAGCAAUAGACAAGAGGUUACGAAUGAAGUUACGGGUACAGAUCUGUCAAAAUCAGAGUCAUAAAAUGGAAGUCUUCAAAUCGCUAUAGAAAGUGAAGGCAAGGGGUCGUUGUACAUAUCCCAUGAAGAGAAGAUGAAGAUAAAGCUUCGAAAGGAGGUGCGAAAAUAAGCAUCACGUUAUGAACUCAUGAUUUUGAGAUGUCUUGAGAAGAAAGCAAUAUUUAUGGCAUGUGAGGAGUUGCUAUU